AUGGAUAGGAAGUGUCAAGAGCGUAUGGAAAAGUUGAGACAAUUGCAGUUGAAAAUAAAUGAGGCUAAGAAGGACAAUCACAAGCAGGUUGUGGAAGAGGACAGGCGAAAACAUCUUCCUCACAAUUGGGAAGCGAAGCAGGCACGUAUGCGUUGGGAGGAAGAGGAGGACGCUUUUCGUGAAGAAUGCAGUAAGAAGGGCCUCGACAUUGAGCGAGCAAAGAACCUGAAAGUGUCGGCAGAUCUUGUUAAUCGCCUGGAAGCACGGAAACGUCGGAAGCGCCCUCAUGUUGUGGAAGAUGAUGAGAAGGAUGUUCCUGGCUUCUCAUCUUACAUGGAUGCUUCUCAUAAGAAGUAUCUGAAGCAGACGAAGACAAUGAAGCCAGAUUUGGUUGCUUAUGAGAAGCAGAAGGAGAGGCUUGGUGACCUUGUUUAUCCCACUGCCCACACGAUUGGUUUGGUAGAAGCUAUUCAAUCGGGUCCGGAAACUAGCAGAGAGGCUGUUGAGCGUCUUGCUGCAACUCUGAAAGAAGAGGAGAGGAAGAAGUCAUCUUUCAGUCGACGUCGUGCGUUCGAUCCGGAUGCUGAUAUAGAUUACAUCAAUGAGCGUAACAAACGGUACAAUGAACUCCUGGAUCGUCAUUACGGGAAGUAUACCGCAGAGAUCAAGCAGAACUUGGAGCGUGGAACUGCACUGUAG